AUGCGUUCCUCUCUCGUUCUUCUCGCCGGUCUGGCGGGUUCGGCUCUCGCCUACCCCACCGAUAUGGCCGUUGAGCGCCGUACCUUUGGUCUCCUGGCUGAGAUCCUCGGCGGUGUUUCCGACAUCACUGUCGACGUGACCUCCAUUCUCGGUGCUGUCCUCGGUGGUGGUCACAGCAGCCACUCUUCUUCUUCUCUCCUUGCUGGUCUCGGAGCUGAGGGUGCUGCUGCCCUUCAGGGUGGUGCUUUGGGUUGCAAGGCUGGUCUUAUCCAUGCCAACGCUCGUGCUGCCCUUAAGGUCUGGCUCCGCCUCCACGCCGAUCUCGAGGCUUCCUUGAAGACUUCCCUGAUCUCUUGGUGUGGAGGUGACGAUGAGCUCGUCCUCUCCGCUGAUGUCUUGGCUGCUCUUGCCGUGUACAUUCCUUCUUGUGCCGACAUCGCCGCCAAGGGUCAGCUCUACGUUACCAUUGACGGUAUCUUCGGUGCUUCCUCCCUCGAGUCCGCUCUCGUCCUGAGCGCCUCCUUCCAGUCCUCUCUCUCUGCUUGGAUUGAGGCCGCUGUUGGUCUUGACGUCAACGUCAAGGCCGGUCUUCAUGCUUGCGCUGCUGGUGGUGUUGUCGCUAGUCUGACUGCUGAUGUCAAGGCUGGUCUCCUUGCCUGGAUCAACGGUUCCAAGUGUGAUCUCAGCGCUGAGCUCAAGGUCGCCGUUUUGGCCUGGAUCAACGGUCACCACGGCCACGGUCUCGUUGAGAUCGGUGCUCUUGGUGAGGCUGCUCUCUCCACCAUCUCUGUCGGUGCUUCCGUUGGCGUUCACGUCGAGGACUCCGGUAUCCUCUCCGUUGGAGGCCAGGCCUCCCUCGCUGCCUUCCUCGGUGCCGACGUCGGUGCUGACCUCGGUGCUGAUAUCAAGCUUGCCCUUGAGGCCUGUGCCAAGGGCAAGGUUGCCACUGCUGUUGACCUCGACAUCCGUACCAAGCUCGCCAUCUGGCUCUCCGGCUCCGACUGCUCGCUCGGUGUUGAACUCAAGGCCGUCGUUCUCUUCUGGCUGUCUUUCGGUGUUGAUGUUUCCGUCUCCGUUGACCUCGUCAGCGGUGUUCUUGUUGAUGUCACUGGUUUCCUCACCGAGAUCCUCUCCAGCCUGAGCGUCGACCUUCGUGCUGCCCUCUCCGUCAUCAUCGCCGGUGGCAGCCUCGAGUCUAUCUCUCUGUCUGCCCGCGCUGAGCUCGCUGCCUUCCUCGGUGGCUGCUCUGGCCUCGAGAUUGACGUCAACAUCCAGCUCAUCAUCAUUGAGUGGUUCACCGGUUGCUCCAUCCCUGGCGCUCCCUCCGGCACCAAGUCUUCGUCCGUCCCCAGCCUGCCCUCCAGCACCCCCUACGUCUCCAGCACUGGUGUUCCCUCCGGCCCCGGCGCUAGCGUCUCUGUCUCUGUCCCCGGUAGCCCUGCUCCCUCCGGUGCUUCUCCUUCCGGCUCCGGCUCCAUCCCCAGCGGCCCUGCUCCCUCUGGUGUCAGCCCUACCGGCUCCGUCCCCAACGGUCCCGGUGCUAGCGGCUCUUUCUCUGUCCCCGGCAGCCCUGCCCCCAGCGGCUCUGUCCCCUCCGGCUCUUCUCCUUCCGGCCCUGAGACUACCCCCUGUGACACUCUCACCGGAGUUGAUGUUUCCAGCACUGUGAUCCCCGGUAUGCCCGCUCCCUCCGGCGGUGCCUCUGGCUCCGUCCCCAGCGGCCCUGCUCCCUCCGGCUCUUCUCCUUCCGGUGGUGCUUCCGGCCCUGCUCCCUCUGGUCCUGCCGUCACUGGUGGUGCCUCCGGUCCUUCUCCCUCCGGUGUCAGCCCUACCGGCACUCCCGGUGCCCCCGGCGCUGGUGAGACCACCACUCCCUGUGACACUCUCACCGGUGUUGAUGUUUCCAGCACUGUGAUCCCCGGUAUGCCCGCUCCCUCCGGCGGUGCCUCUGGCUCCGUCCCCAGCGGCCCUGCUCCCUCCGGCUCUUCUCCUUCCGGUGGUGCUUCCGGCCCUGCUCCCUCUGGUCCUGCCGUCACUGGUGGUGCCUCUGGUCCUUCUCCCUCCGGUGUCAGCCCUACCGGCACUCCCGGUGCCCCCGGUGCUGGUGAGACCACCACUCCUUGUGACACCUUGACCAGCGAGCAGGUUGGCAGCACUGUCAUCCCCGGCAUGCCCGCUCCCUCCGGUGGUGCCUCUGGCUCCGUCCCCAGCGGCCCUGCUCCUUCUGGCUCUGCUCCUUCCGGUGGUGCUUCCGGCCCUGCUCCCUCUAACACUGAUGUCAGCCCUACCGGUACCCCCGCUGCCUCUGGUCCCGCUCCUUCUGGCCCUGCCCCUACCGGUGGUGCUUCCGGUCCCAGCGGUACCCCAGUUGCCCCCGGUGCUGGCGAGACCACCACUCCCUGUGACACCCUGACCAGCGAGCAGGUCGGCAGCACUGUCAUCCCUGGCAUGCCCGCUCCUUCCGGUGGCGCCUCCAGCCCUGCUCCCUCUAACACUGAUGUCAGCCCUACCGGCACUCCCGUUGCCCCCGGUGCUGGCGAGUCCACUACCCCCUGUGACACCCUGACCAGCGAGCAGGUUGGCAGCACUGUCAUCCCCGGCAUGCCCGCUCCUUCCGGUGGUGCCUCCGGCCCCGCUCCCUCCAACUCCGACGUCAGCCCUACCGGCACUGCCGUCGUCCCCAGCGGCCCCGCUGCCACUGGAGGCUCCUGGACUGAGACCUGGGCUUACACCCAGACCAUGGAGACCACCAUCUCCGCCACUGUCCCCUGUGAGACUGGUUCCGCCAGCACUCCCACCGUCACCGUCCCGGCCGCCGCCUCGGUCACCACUGUUACCGCUACCGUUACUGCCACCGUCUGUGGCUGCAACGAGUAA